GGAGCUUGGUGUUUAUGCGCGAAGUUUUGUUUGUUUUUCUAUAAAAAAAUACAACUGUUAUAAUAACAGUAUAAUUGCUUAGAUAUGUUAAUUUGUGUGAUUGGACGAGUUUCGCGCUAACAAGAUGCCUUACUACUGCACCGUGCCGCGAUGCACAUCCAUGGCUGGGAAGGCUAAAAACGUUUCUUUCCAUCAAUUUCCCAGAGAUGAGGAGCUUGCUAAACUGUGGAAUAAUAUACUUAAACGAGGGAAACCUUAUACAAAGUACUCUAAAGUAUGCAGCCUUCAUUUCAAGCCAGAGGAUUACACAAUAACAAGCGCUGGAAAAAAUAAGGGACAAUGGCGUACUCUACGUAAAGAUGCAAUACCAUCUCAGAAUCUACCUUCAGACACGCCAGCUCCCUACACUAGAAGACAGUCGGGCGCCUGGGUGCCUGAUAAUGUGCCUGUGAUGAAUCCUCAGUUCCAGCAACAAGCCCAGCAAUUAGCUCAAGCUAUCUACAUGCAGACCAUGUUGGCGAUGCAGGCCGCCGGCGUGCAGGACGCUAUGGGACUCGCUAAUUUGUCUAAUGGACUCCCACUACCCUUAUCAACCGAAGAAACACCACCUGAUGUCCCACCCAAACCAGAAAACAACCCAGAAACAUCUGAAAACAACCAAACCAACCCAGACUCCCAGACCAGAACGGACCACGACAGCAACCAAGAGAAAAAAACUUCAUACCAAUGCGAAGAAUGUUCAAAAUGUUUUAAAGAUCCGGACGUUUUCAUCCUUCAUAAAAGAACCCAUCGGAACGACCAAAAUUUGAACGGCAAAGAAAAUUUUGACCUCAACUCUAUUAAGCCAGAGAUGCUGAAAUCGAACCCUAUACUUGCUAAUCUCCUGAAAAAUACUAUGGAAAGAAACAUUUUCUCUUCGAACCUUUUCGAAAAGCAGCUAAUGGUAAGUUUUUCAAAUAUGAAUAGUUUUAUGAGAAGUUACGAUGAAGAUUGUGAUAAUAGUGACUUAAGUGAAUCCUUAGACGAUAGUAAUAAUUUAGUUAUAGAUGAAAAUUUAGCUUAGUUUUGUAUUUCUAGAUCGGAUCUGCUGAAAAAAUACUCAAAGAUAUUCGAAAAUCGUGAUACUGUAUAAAAAUAUAGUAAUUUCUAAUACCCUUGCAUUUGACUAAAUAAAUAUAAAAUGUAAAGUACCUAAUUUAAAUUGUCAAUGCACUGCUGAUUCUCAAAUCCUAUCAUCAUCUCCCGAGCCUUUCCCCAACUAUGUUGGGGUCGGCUUCCAGUCUAACCGGAUGUAGCUGAGUACUUGUGUAACAUAGAAAGUAAAAUCCACAAUAUUUAAUUGAAAUAAAUGACAUAGGACUAUGUUUUACUCUUCACUCAUUUUGUAUUAAUUUAGUCAAAUCGCUUGAUGGAAAAAAUAAAUCAUAUUUUUGAGUUUUUUCAGCAGAAUUGAUAAAAUAAGACUGUAUUUUGAAUAUAAUACACUUUUGUAUAGACAAACUGGUAACAACUUAAUAUUUGAAUAUACAAAGCUAGCAUUUUUUAUAGUGUUUUUAGUAUGUUCAGGAUUAUUUUUUAAGAAAUAUUUUUCCAAUGCAAAAAAACUACAAGUCUGUUAGUAACUAUUUUUCAAAUUGGUGUAUUUUUUUUUUGUUUAUCCAAAAACGGAAAAUUAUUUUAUAUAUCUAUAUAGUAUAGUUCUCAUCAAAUAAGUUUGCAGUCCCGAAUUUAGCAACAAGUGAUUUUGUAAUAGUUAAAAUGUACGAAUGAAAUGCUGUAAUAGCAUUCAUCAAAUAACUAUUCUUCUCUGAAGUUAGUUGUUUGAUACAUGCGCAAUAGUGUUUUGUUCAUACAUUUUAGUAUUGCGCUGUCACUAGUAACCAACUUCAGAUUGAUAUGAAAAUUGAAAAAUAUUCACCUCAUUUAAAUUUCUGUAAUCUGAAAAGAAAAUUAACAAUAUUAUUAUUCAAAAGGCUUUCAAAAUAUUUGAAAAUAACACCAUUUUGAAAAACAGUUGAAAUAAAAUCAUAACUAUAAACAUUAUUUUAAAUGCUAGUAACACUACUUAAUGUAAUUUACAUAUGGCACCGCGCACCGCCGCGAUAUGCGUUGAAACGGAUUUAUAAAUACAUUGGUCUGUACGAAA